UUACUCAUUUAUGUGGAUUUUAGUUUUAGAUUAUGCUAAGUGGUUUUUAGCAAUUUCUUGAAUCGUUUUGUGAUAAAACAAUGCUAGAAAAUAUUUCAUGUUGCUUCAUUACUAUGUUUGGAGCUGAAACUGGAAUGAUCAAUGAUGCUUUUGUUGUGUCGGUAAUAAUAUCCAAAACUACGAAAUGUGUUGUCUCGAUAAUCUGAUUCCACGUUUCUGCUUUACGUUUGAUUUUUAUUUUUAUUUUUUUUGUUUGAUUUCUACGUUGUAUUUUCUUAGUGUCUUCCUCGAUUCAUACGCACUUUCAUUUUGGAACGUGUGAGUGAAUUUGUUGAUAUGAUUCUUGUUUCUAAUAGGAGAUUCCAAGUAUAUAUACAACUCUUCUAGGAUCAUUUUCCACGUUCCUUUCCUCAUUGUUUCUAAUAUUUCUUAAGGAUUUAUUUAUUUAUUAUCAUUGCGAAAUUCCAUAAUGAAGUUUUUGUUCUUCUAUUGGUAGUUCAGAUUUUUAAUAAUCUCUUUUGUUUGACCAAUCCGUAUUUGCUGGUUAUGAGUAUACGAUUUUAAUGGGAAACUUUGCUACUCUUAUUUUACUUACUUCCUAAACAAGUAAUAUUACUCACAAUGGAAAUGAAGGCUAUAGAACACAUUAUUUAAUUUAUGAUGUACUAAAGAAAUGUAGAGAGAGAAACAAAGGCGAAAAAGAGGCGAAAAAGUAGAUCUAGAUCUUCCCUCUCCGGUGUCCGGCGAGUUUUGCUGGCGCCGUGAGAGGGUGGGUUAUUGUCCUAAGUUCUGUUUUAUGAGGUUUGGUCGAGGUGUUGUGGUGGGUAAAGAGGGAUCCACCAAGAAGUUUGUGAUAUUCUGGUGAGUUUAUGUUUGGUUUGGGUUGUUUGUCGGUUCCUAUCUGGUUUCUGGUACGCGGUGGUUGUAUUCAGCCGGUUCAGAUGUGGGUGCUUAAGCUUUCUUGGAUCUGGUCAGACAACCUUCCAAACGAGGCAUCAGAUGUCAGAGAUCUUCUGGUCAUCUUCCUGUCAGCUUCUUUUCUUCUGGCUCUAUUUUCCGGCGACCUGACUCCCGUGUUUCGGGCUUCGUCUCUGGCUUACAGUGGCUAUCUUAGCACUAUAAGGCUGGCUUUUGGCUCUGACGGUGUCCCUUUCUGUCCGGGAAUCGUUGGCCUUUGUCUCGGAUCAAUCGUUUGAAUAUGAAUCAUGUUUCAGAUUGGAAGUUUGCGUGAAGUGAAGUUGGAAACUUUGGUUUGGUCUGUUGAAUACAUUAGCGGCAGGUCCUCCUAUAUGGUUGCUUAAUUGCUUUGUGAAUGAGGAAGUCCAAUCCUCUGUUUAAUGGCUAUGAGUAGUCUUUGGAAUUCUUUUUUGGUAUAGGAGCACCUUGUGGAGACUACCUAUGGCCCCGUAUGUGUUGCCGUUUGUGGAGAUCCAGAUAAACCUGCUCUUAUUACAUAUCCUGAUCUAGCUCUUAAUUAUAUGUUCUGUUUUCAAGGAUUAUUGUUUUGUCCAGAAGCUAGUUCCUUGUUACUCCACAACUUCUGCAUAUAUCACAUAAGUCCUCUAGGCCAUGAGUUGGGAGCUCCAGUGAUCAGUGUUGAUGCUCCUUUGCUCUCAGCUGAUGACUUAGCUGACCAGAUUAUUGAGGUUCUUAACUAUUUUGGACUUGGUGCAGUAAUGUGUAUGGGUGUCACAGCAGGAGCUUACAUUCUGACCUUAUUUGCUAUGAAGUACAGGCAGAGAGUUCUGGGAUUAAUACUCGUCUCUCCACUGUGCCAAGCGCCUUCUUGGUCAGAAUGGUUGUGCAACAAGGUUAUGUCUAAUUUACUUUACUACUAUGGCAUGUGUGGAGUGGUUAAGGAAUUGUUACUCAAACGGUACUUCAGCAAGGAAGUUCGUGGUAAUGCUCAAGUUCCAGAAUCAGAUAUUGUUCAAGAAUGCAGAAGAUUACUUUGCGAGCGGCAGAGUACAAAUGUAUGGAGAUUCCUUGAGGCAAUCAACGGGAGAGUGGAUCUUAGUGAAGGGUUAAGGAAACUGCAAUGCAGAACUUUAAUAUUCAUUGGUGAAAGUUCUGGUUACCACUCAGAGGCCGUUCACAUGACCACCAAACUAGACAGACGAUACGGCGCAUUAGUCGAGGUACAAGGAAGUGGGUCAUUGGUGACUGAAGAACAACCUCAGGCGAUGGUAAUACCAAUGGAAUACUUUUUGAUGGGAUAUGGCUUGUAUCGUCCUACACAGAGCAUAAGCCCAAGAAGUCCUUUGAGUCCAACCAGAAUCUCCCCUGAGCUUCUCUCACCUGAAAACAUGGGGUUGAAGCUCAAGCCGAUUAAGACAAGACUCUCCCUAUGACGACGCUGCCUUCUCUGCUACGGAAAAUAUUACAACAUUAUAUACCUGAUGAUACACUACGUGAAUCGCCAUUAUUAUUUUGGAGUUUGAGCUGCUCUUGUGUUAUGAUUAAAGCUGUAGAUAUAGACAGAGAUAUUGAUCAUCUAUAUAUAGAGAGAGCUAAGAGUUAAAAGAGGAAUAAGGUAAGGGAUUGAUAUAUAGUAGAGAGAAUACAGGUGUUUAUGUUUUUGAGUUCUUUAUAGUAGUUGUCUUCAGUGAGUUAUGUCUGUACAUUCGGUUGAAUAAUUAUUUAAGGAAAAAUCAUCAUAAUAUUUUA